UAGCGAGGCUGUAUCGCUCAGUGUCUUUCGCAAACUGGUGCAAGGGUUGUGCUAUUUUGGUCAGCCCCAAAUUCAGUGCGUAAGAUCUGCAGUGGCAGCGGGUACCCAUCAUCACCACCAGUGAUCUUUCCGGACGCUCGUCAGAUUUUUCAUCUUCCGAAUGUAAAUUAUGUAUUAAUCAAGGGGGCGGCUCACUUGAGCAUCCUCUGUCUAACAUGCAACCGAGCAACCACCGUGUUUAGUGGAGAGGCGGUACAGCAGCAGAGUUUGUGGUUGUGGAGGGAACGAAGGCAGCGUGAGGCGUGGGAACGAAACGAGGGCAGUGCGGACAACGGUUAGCCUACACGGCAGUUACAUGGGUUGACACAACGCUCACCAGCCGUUUACCAGCAGGGCACUAGAACUAUGUCUGCGGACAGAACGUAGCCUCCUCGCUUCAGAAGCAUCCUUCGCUGCCUGUUGUGACAGCGCGGUUGGAUGUGAAGAUGGCGACGGGAGCAGGCUGGCAGCAGCAGUACAGCCCUGCUUCUGGCAACCCCCCCUCCACCGCUGGAUUAGGGAAUAAUCCGUCCCCGUCGACGAAUGUGUUUUACGAGACUGCCCUGACCAUGGAGUACACGCAGGACCUGCAUCUGAAAAUGAGCAAAAAGAUAGCACAACUAACAAAGGUCAUCUACGCCCUCAACACGAAGAACGACGAGCACGAGGAUGCCAUCCAGUCCCUGAAGGAGGCGCACGACGAGGAGGUGACGCACAUCCUGGCGGAGACGCGGGACAAGAUCCUGCAGUACAAGAGCAAGAUCGGCGACGAGGCCGACCUGAAGCGCCGACUGCAGUCCCUGGAGGAGUCCGUGGAGCUGCACGAACACAUGAAGCGGCAGGCGCUGGCCGAGUUCGAGAUGUACCGCCAGCGCAUGGAGGACACGCAGCUCUGCACCGAGGCGCAGCACACGCAGCGCGUGGUCAGCAUGUCCCGCGAGGUCGAGGAGAUGCGCCACGACUUCGAGGAGAAGCUGCGCACCUUCGGACAGGUGCAGGCCCAGUUCGAGCAGGAGAAGCGGCGUGCCAUGGAGGAGCUGCGGGCCUCCCACCGGCUGGAGGUGCAGGACCUGAGGCAGAGCCAGCAGAGCCAGACCGCCUCCUCCAGCCUCGACCAGGAGAAGCUCGCAGAACUGCACCGAGCCGAGGUCGAGGCACUCAUGGAACGGGUGGAGGACCUCUCCCAAGAGAAGGUGCGUUUGGUAGAGGAGUACGAGGCCAAGCUGAACAAAGCCCAGGCCUUCUACGAGCGCGAGCUGGAAGCCAUGCGUCGCACGCAGCAGCUGACCACCGAGAACCUGCUGGCCUGGAAGAGAACUGAGGUCGAGCUGCGCAAGGAGUUCCAGGUGCAGGAGGCGGCGCUGCAAAGGACGCUGGGUAAACUGCGUGUGGAGCUGCAGAGGGCGCAGGAGGAGUCGCGGGAGACUCGGGACAAGACCAACCGACUACAGGCCUCGCUCAACAGCGCUGAGUGCAGCAUCAAGGAGCUCCAUAAGCAGCUGGAGGAGGCGAUUCAGGACGGGGAGAUCUGGGUGAUGCAACUGAAGGAUACGGAGUACGAGCUGGAGUCCAGCAGAGACCGCGUACAGCAACAAGCCAGAGAGAUACUGCACAAAGCCAGUCAGAUUGGGUCACUGCAGGCCACCCAGAUGAGCCUGGAGGCGACGAUGCGGGACGUGGAGACGGAGCAGAACCGUCUGAGGGAGCGAAUCGUGGAGCUGGAGCAGGAGAGAGAGCAGCUGCAGGCCCACAGCAAGAAGCAAGAGGAACUGCAGCACCAGCAGAUACAGGCACUCGAGAAGACGCUGUCGGAGGAGCAGGAGAAGUACGAGUCGGAGCUGGCGCAAGUGAAGGAGAAAUACGAGGAGGAGGUGCAGCGGCUGAAGGAGACGCAGGCCCAGGCCCUGGACCAGCUGACCGAGAAGCACAUCGCCAUGCAGGAGAGCGCACGCAACGCCGCAGAGAGGGAGAAGAAUCAGCGGAUAGCCGACAUGGCUCAGCAGUAUGAGAUCCGGCGUCUCUCUCUGGAGGAACAGCGGAACCACCUGCAGCAGCAGCUGGAGAACCUCCGAGAGGAGCUCAGCGCUAAAGUGGGCAUCGCCAACCAGGAGGUGUGUCACCUGCAGGAGCUGGUGAGGGACGGGGAGCUGAACCUGCAGUCCGCCCAGGGUCACAUCUGCUGCCUGAAGGAGACCCAGGAGAAACUCCUGAUGGAGCUGGACGCCACCCGCGCCCGCGUCCGGGAGACCAGCAACAUGCUCACGGACCUACAGGAGGAGAUCACGACCCAGAAGCAGCAGCACGACGCCAAGGUCAUUUCCAUCAAGACGGAGGAGAAGCAGAAGAUGGACAAGAUGACUGAGGACCUGGACCAGAAGUGGACCACAGCUCUGAGUGCUGAGCUGGAGUCUCUGCGUGAUGAGUUGGGUGCGGAGCAUGAUGCGGAGCGUCAGGCCAGUCUGACCCAGCUGGCCCAGCAGAAGGACCUGGAGAUGAUGGCGGCCAGAGAGACGUGGCAGAGGAAGGUGGAGGACCUACUGGAACAGAUCUCGCUCCUGAAGCAGUCAUUGGAGCUGCAGUUGUCCCAGUCCAAGGGGGCGCUGCAGCAGCUGCAGUCCCAGUUUGCGGCGGAGCGCGAGCACCUGGCCCAAGAGAUGCAGGAGAUCACACUGGACCACCAGCACCGAGAGCGCCGCCUACAGGAGGCCCACUGCAUCGCCGUCCAGACCAUGGACGAGGCCCGCCAGCGCAACCUCAGGGAGUUGGAGGAUCGUAUGAAGCAGGAGCAGAGGGAAGAGCUCCAGGCCUUGAGGGAGGCUCACAGGCAGACCCUGGAGAUCCUCAGGCAGCAGUCGGAGCAGGAGCUGCAGACGCUUCGCUUCGAACUGGAGGACGAGGGGAAAGCCAUGCUCGCAUCUCUGCGUUCGGAGCUCAACCACCUGCACGCCACGGCGGUGGAGCACCUGAGACAGGUGCACCUGCAGGAGAACAAGGCGGCCAAGCUGGAGCUGGAGAACACGCUAGAACGCAGCAAGAACUUUGAGCAGGAGCUGUACGGGCAGAUCUCGGACCUGCAGAAGGAGGUGAGCUGCCGUAAGAAGCGCAUUGUGGACCUGGACCACGAGAUCCACUCCCUGAACGAGACCAUCAGCGCCCUCACCAAGGAGCUGGAGAUCAAGGGCAAAGAGGUGCUGCGCAUUCGCAGCGAGGCCAACCUGCAGAUCAGAGCGCACGAGCAGGAUCUGACCAAGCGGCAUGAGCGGGACAUUGGCGAGCUGAGUGCCAACCACAGCCGGGAGAAGCACAUCAUGCUGUCAGACUUCAACAAGGCCCAGGAGGUCCUCAAGGACAAGAUCGCCGCCCUACAGAUACUACUGGAGGGUACGGAGGACAAGUUCCGUAACCGCGAGAGCCGUCCCGAAGACCUGCACGUGAUCGCAGAACUGAAGCAGAUGGUGUCCGAGAGGGAGGCCCUGGUGAAGAAACUGGUAGAUGAUAAGAAGUUCUAUCAGCUGGAGCUGGUGAGCAGGGAGACGGGCUUUAAUAAAGUGUUCAACGCCAGCCCCAACGUAGGCGUGAUCAACCCACUCAUCAAGCCCUCCUGAGGUGGACCCCUCCGCCUCCACGGUGGUCCCGAAAGAGCCCGAGCCGCCGGAGCUUCUCUCCCAGUACUUCUCUUUCUGACCUGACCUCCCUCACCCACACCCACACUCAGCCCACACUCAGCCCACGCCCACGCAAACGCACGGCCGUCGACUUCAAGCGCAUGUGACGACCUGCAAGAGCACCAUCAACAAACCGCAUCCGCCAAGACAGACAGACUCUCUCUCUCUCUCUCUUCUUCCUGUUUCUCUUUCACACACACACACACACACACACACACACACACACACACACACACACACACACACACACACACACACACACACACACACACACACACACACACACACACAAGCCGUCAUUCAAUGUGCCAUUCACUGUGAUUUUAUUUCUUUAGGUUUUUUGGUUAGGUUUGUUUUUGUUUUUGUUUUUGUUGAAGGAUUUUAUGCAAUAUCAAAAAAAGACAAAAUAAUGCACAUGACCCUUUUUGUAUUACAAUGAACUGUUCUCAUAAACAUGCAUUAUUUGUGUUUGACACCUGACGUUGCAGGUUGUCCUUUACAAUAAAUGUUGAACGGACUGCAUUGGAAUAGAUAUAACGGACCAUUACUGUUUAAAAAAUAAAUGUCUUGCCAGUUUUUGAA